UAGCGGGGCACGUGGUGCAUUGGGGAGACCAAUGUGUGACUGAUUACUGUCAUUGUGAAAAAUGAAGCUGUUCCCGUCUUUCACGUGUCUCACGGUGGAUCAAAAUCUGUGUAAUUUGGCGUACUUCAGCGUUUUCUCCCUGUUUCCUGUUUCUUUGACGUUUUUUGUAGUCAGUGAAAGAAAUAGGAACAAAUGCAGUGUUUUUCCAACAGGCUCCUUGUAACACAGUAGAACAGGUACAAUCUGACAUUGAUUCUUUUGUAAGUGUUAUCAGGACCCAGCUGCAAUGGUCCAGCUUUGAGGGCCAAGACCGCUUCACACAGAGCAGCCACAAAUGUGGACUCAGUGGGACGAGUAUGUCAGGCAGGUGUCCAGUGAAAUGGUCCUGAAAGACACACAAAUCAUCAGCCUGCAGGAGAGAGAAACCACACUAAGGACUGAGCUGGAGCAGAGCAGGAAACAGACUGAAAGGUACAAACAGCAUCUGAGAGCUGGCCUCAACAGAGAGAAAGUCUUGGAGAAGAACAGCGUGCAGAUGGAGCUGGAAUGGCAGCGACGCUUUGAAGAUGUAAAGGCGGACUACUACCUUGCAAAUGAGCAGCUAAUACAAGACCUGAUCGAGGCCAGAGACCAGGCUAAAGCUGAGCUGAUGGAGAGAGAGCAGCAGCUGCAUGAUCUGACCGUCUUGCUCCAGUCCACUAGCAGGGAGCAAGAUCAGGCUGUACAGGGUCUCACUCCAAAGGUGGAUUCUCUGGCAUCGGUGGAGAUCCGGCGUCUACAGGAGCAGAACAGCGCCCUGCGUGCUGUGGUUACCCAGAUGAGAAAGGACAUGGAAGGUCUCGGCCAUCUCCUAGUCUUACCUAAUGCUGAGGCACCAGUGCAACCUCCGUAUCAGGAAUCUUCAGCCUCCAAAGCCAACACAGCAGACUCCUGUCAGCCUCUGGAGCAGGAGGUGCACCUGUCAGGUAAGCACCUCGAGGAGCAGCGAGGAGGUGUCACAGGACUGUCAGGCCUGGCUUCAGCCAUGGAGGACCCACAACACAUCAAUCCAGGCAGAUCACAGCCUGAAAAUCAAGCUGGUGGUUCGUGUCUGGAUGAACGUGGCAGGUGCCCCGCUGUGACACGUGUGGAGUCAGCUUCCAAUGACAUCACACAGCAGAGGACACUGGUGCAGAAGCUCCAAGGAGACAGCAAGUAUGUGAAACCAGCUCUGAUGUGUGGCGUGUUUAAGAGCGUCCAUCCUGCUAAAAAUGACCCCCAGCUCCUUCGCGUCAGGCUGAAGCAGGCAGCGUCCUGCAUCGCCCGUUUGAGCAGAGAGAAACAGCAGCUGAUAGCGCUGGGCAACCGCCUCCGUGCCCAGAUCGCCGCCGACGGACGGCAGGCACCGGGGGGGCUGGAGAAGGACACCCCCACAGAGAAACUAGGAGACCACCAUGGCCGCCUUUCUGCUGUGGAACAGCUGCAGUACCAGCUCACCACUCAGGAGCUGCAAUAUGCACUGAUGCAGAGAGCUUCUGCUGCUGCUGAACAGCACAUCCCACCAACAAAGAGCCAGGCUUUCUUCAAAGGGACUGCAAACACUUGCCAUGGGCUCAAACCCAGAGACACGUCUGAGACACGCUCACAGCUGCACUUGUCCAGGACUGUGUCGCAUGAAUCGCUGUGCUCAUUAACGAUGCUGUGGGACACUCUGGAUCGUGGACUUACGGACUCAGAAGGUGAACGUGGGCUCAGGAGCAGACAGUCUGGUGGCUCUGGAGUCCAGAUGAUGGUGCAUGGUAGUGGUGUGAUUCCCAGCCAGCCCCAGACUGAGGUCCAGCAAAGCAGGAGCCAGUCUAAAACACUGCCAAGCACUACCAAGACCAACAGACCUGCAGUCCCUGCCAGGAUCAGCAAGAUCAGAAACUACAAUGUUAAAGACUGAGAUGGAUGUUGAGGACAAGCCCAGACCAGAGCUCCCAGCAGCUGGCACACUGGGAGUAACACACGAGCAUCACGGACAACACAAAAAAGAGAGAAGAGUGGGACAAGGAAGGGAACGAGACUCUGAUGGAUGUAAUGAAGACAAUCAGACAGAAAACAACAGCAAACACACACCAGCAAAGGAGGACACAGGCCACAUACACAAGAACACUCACAGUAAACAUGAACACAAAGACAAAAACACUGCAAGACAGAGACAAUCGAGACAGAGACAGGACGGAUAAGAAACACUCAAGGGACCAAAAACCUGAAACUGGAGCUGAACCACACAGUCCAUCAAACUGAGCAGGAAGCAGAACUCGAAUAACACAACAGGACAACUAUGACUGACCCACAAUGAAGCUAUACAACAAACAGGUUACUGAAUAAGAUGUGAUUGUUUUCAUGCACAUAUGCACCGCAGCAGAAGGAGAAAACAAACCCUGACCAGCAAAAACCUGAACAGAAAUCAAACGUGUUGAACCCACGUGAGAGUUUCAGGGAGGAAUAUUCAUGAUUUUAAGGAGCGUUACACCUUUAUUGCUGCGCUCUCACACACUCUGUCAGAUCCAAUAACUGAAGAAACUACAGAGACACAGAACACACAGGAGCAUACAGCACGAGGCCUUAAACACACACGAGGGGACGAGGCAGAGUGGACACCACAGGGGACACAGCUGGACAGAGUCACAGUAAGGGACUGUCAAAAUAAAACAGGAAACGUAACACUGACACAGACACAAAGACGGACGAACCAUGGACAAAAAGGUAAAGACACAUGGAGACACGUGGAGGAAACUAAUAAACCUGAAGCUAAACUAGAGUCACAAAAGUGAACUAACAGAAUCCACAGAAAGACGAAGAACCAACCUGAGGAGCAUGAGGAAGUAACACUGAUCAGUGGGUUAGAACUCCAACAUAAAUUCACGUACUCGUGAAUAAAUCCUUUAUAAAGUUAAAAUGUGUCCCCAUCAUUGUUCCAGUCUUGUUGUCCUUCAGUACAUCUUCAUGUCCUUCUAGUGGGAGGUUUCAGGUUUUGUCCUGUCGUGUGUAAUUCUCUCUGGUGUUCAUCUGUCUCUGUGCACACGAGGACAGUCGCACACAAACACUGUUGCAGCAGACCACGGUGGCUUCCACGCGAGCAGCUUCAAAACAUGCUUCAUCCCCGAGAAAGUAUCUGCUUUACCACAGAGAUCAUCUGGGUCAUCAGCGUACACUGUGGGUGUGAAUCAGAGCAGACAGUGGUGUGUCUGCGACAGAAACAAUCACUGACAGGUUUGCAUGUAAAUAAAGCAACUUGCUUUGGUGAACUCUAAACACUCUGUCGUCAUGGUUUAACAGACACAUGAUCAAAUCUACAGGCAGCUUCUUUCUGAAACACGAGCAGCUGCUGCUGUUUCUCCUCAGGUUCAGAAACCCACUCCUGUUACAUGUUGUUGUGGAGAAACAGGAAGUGCAUUUCUCCCCUGGAAUAGAGAUUUUAUAAGUGCUGGAGACCAUAUUUCAUAUGCUCCAUAUGAUAUCAGCUGUCACCCUGCCACAUUUCCUCUCACCUCUCAGUAAACCUUUGUCAGUCCGUCCUUUUAUUCCUGAUAUUCCCAGAUACCAAACAGGUGAUACACACUGCUAAUUUUGUACACUGACCCACUGUGUGUUGUUUGGGACUGUCCCCUUCACUUUCAUUAUAUUAUCGUAGUAUCUGUGGAAAACCUGGGAAACGCUGAUCUGUGAAAUACAAGUGUGGGCGUGCACAAAGUGUUUCGACACAAAGUGAACCAUCAUCAGGACAUCAUGUGUGGCAGCACUGGUAUAGGGACACACAGGUGAAUGCUGGGUGACAGCGAGACACACCUGA